CUCGCAAAACUGAAAAGUAGUCCCAAUUUGGCCAAAAGAAAAAUAAAAAGAAUCCUAAAAAAAAAACAGAGACCCUCUCUCUCUCUCGGUGUGUUUAGUGCUUUUAUCUAUGCUUUUGUGCUGUUGUGUGAGUGUCUGUCCGUUCGACAAUUCCAGGUUUUAAUGAAUGAAGUGGCUUGAUAGAUCCACUCAAUUUCCAAGACUUCCUUAAACACACACAAAUCUCGUGUUUUCUUUCCUCGCCUAGGGUUUCUUUCUUCUUCUUUUGUUCACUCUCCUAGGGUUUUUAAAAACCAGAAUAAACAAACAAGCAAAAAAAGCUAGAAGAUAAACAAAUGUGUAAAAAUAAGAGCUCUCUUAAGUUUUUGAUUAGUAUAUUUUUAUGAAGUGGCGAUUGGGAUCGGAGUGAAAGAGGGCAAGAUCUCAAGUCAAUUGUGAUGAUACUAGGUUCGAUCGAGCAUUUGUUGGAAUGUUAAUUAGAGUUAGUAGUGAAGAAUCGAGGUAUCAAAAAUGCAUUUCACAAAGCUCGAUGACUCUCCUAUGUUUCGAAAGCAGAUACAAUCACUGGAAGAAGAUGCUGAAUCAUUGAGGGAGAGAAGUUUAAAGUUCUACAAAGGAUGUAGAAAAUACACUGAAGGGCUGGGGGAGGCAUAUGAUGGGGACGUUGGUUUUGCUAGUGCUUUAGAAACAUUUGGUGGAGGGCAUAACGAUCCUAUUAGUUUGGCUUUUGGAGGCCCUGUUAUGACCAAAUUCACCAUAGCCUUGAGAGAAAUUGGGACAUACAAAGAAGUUCUCCGAUCCCAGGUUGAACAUAUGCUGAAUGACAGAUUAUUACACUUUGUCAACAUUGAUUUGCUUGAGGUGAAGGAAGCAAGGAAGCGUUUUGACAAGGCUAGCCUACUUUACGACCAGGCUCGUGAGAAGUUUCUGUCACUGAGGAAAGGCACGAGGUCUGAUGUGGCUAUUCUUUUAGAGGAGGAGCUUCAUAAUGCAAGGGCUGUGUUUGAGCAAGCUCGCUUUAAUCUAGUAACUGCUAUUUCUAAUGUCGAAGCAAAGAAGAGGUUUGAAUUUUUGGAAGCAGUCAGUGGGACAAUGGAUGCACAUCUUCGUUACUUCAAACAGGGCUAUGAGCUUUUGCAUCAAAUGGAGCCAUACAUUCAUCAGGUUUUGACUUAUGCUCAACAAUCAAGGGAAAGAUCUAACUAUGAGCAGGCAUCUCUCAAUGAAAGGAUGCAGGAGUACAAGAGACAAAUUGAUCGCGAGAGUAGAUGGUCUUCCAAUGGUUCUAAUGGAUCUCCAAAUGGAGACGGUAUACAGGCCAUCGGUAGAAGUUCACACAAAAUGAUAGAGGCUGUUAUGCAAUCCGCUGCAAAGGGGAAGGUUCAAACUAUCAGACAAGGUUAUCUGUCAAAACGAUCCUCUAGCUUGAGAGGUGACUGGAAAAGAAGAUUUUUUGUUCUUGAUAGCCGAGGAAUGCUUUAUUACUAUCGUAAACAGAGCAGCAAACCUUCAGGUUCUGGCGGUCAACUUUCUGGUCAAAGGAACAGCUCUGAGCUUGGAUCUGGAUUGUUAAGUCGAUGGCUUUCUUCUCACUAUCAUGGUGGAGUGCAUGAUGAAAAGUCUGUUGCUCAUCACACCGUGAACCUUCUUACAUCAACAAUCAAAGUUGAUGCUGACCAGUCAGAUCUGCGAUUUUGCUUCAGGAUCAUCUCACCAACGAAGAACUACACAUUGCAGGCAGAGAGUGCACUGGAUCAAAUGGAUUGGAUUGAAAAGAUAACAGGGGUUAUUGCUUCACUACUAAGCUCACAAGCUCCUGAGAGGUGUCUCUCGGCUAGUCCCCUGGGAAGUGGUCAUCAUCGUUCUGCCAGUGAGAGUAGUUCAUUUGAAAGUACUGAUUUUGAUCCUUCUGUUGAUGAAUAUGCAUCUGAGAGGAGCCAUGCCGCCUUACAUCAUGAACGAGCAUUGAGAAGUUCGCAACAGCAACGAACCAGUGCAGAGAAGCCAAUUGAUGUGUUGCAGCGAGUUUGUGGAAAUGAUAAAUGUGCUGAUUGCGGUGCCCCUGAGCCAGAUUGGGCAUCUCUAAAUCUUGGAGUUCUUAUUUGCAUUGAAUGUUCUGGUGUUCACCGUAAUCUUGGUGUACAUAUAUCAAAGGUAAGGUCUCUUACACUCGAUGUCAAGGUGUGGGAGCCAUCAGUCAUAAGUUUGUUCCAGUCUCUGGGAAAUGCCUUCGCUAACUCAGUCUGGGAGGAAUUAUUGCAAUCAAGAAGUGCCGUGCAGGUUGAACUCAUCCCCACAGGCUUGUUCAAGUCUGAUAAACCACAGCUGCUCUUUAUCGGCAAACCCAAUCCUGCCGAUUCUAUAUCUGUAAAGGAGAAGUUUAUCCAUGCAAAGUAUGCAGAAAAGGUAUUUGUUCGCAAGCCUAGAGACAACCAAAAUAGUCAAUCAGUGGCCCAACAGAUCUGGGAAGCUGUUCGUGCCAAUGACAAGAAGGCUGUAUACCGUCUUAUUGUUCAUCAUGAAGCAGAUGUCAGUGCUGUGUAUGAGCAAGCAUCUUGUAGCUCUUCCCUAACACUUGCCAAAGCGAUGCUAUUGCAAGAGCAGACAAACCCUGAACAACUCUCCAGCUACUCAGCGGGGAAUUCAUUGGAUAGGUCUUCCACUAGCUCUUUAAACUUUGCAGGGUCAAGUGAAGGCCUGACCUUGGAGGAUCUAGAUGGUUGUACCUUGCUUCACCUUGCUUGUGAAACAGCCGAUAUUGGCAUGCUAGAACUCCUCUUACAGUAUGGUGCGAAUAUAAAUUCAACCGAUUCUAGAGGUCAGACACCGCUCCACCGUUGUAUUCUCAGAGGCAGACCUUUCCUUGCAAAAUUGCUCCUCUCAAGGGGAGCGGAUCCACGAGCUGUUAAUGGUGAAGGUAAGACCCCGCUCGAGCUUGCCAUAGAGUCCGGCUUUGAUGAGAGUGAGGUCCUUGCAUUAUUAUCAGACUCAAAUGGUUGACAUGCUCAAGAGAGGAAUAUAUUUGAUUGGUGACUACAAUGAGGCUGGAGAGUUGAAACAUAAAUUGGCUGUGGUAUUAUGCUUUUUUUUUUUUUUGUAAGUAUAUUUUUAAGUUUAAUCUCCAUUGAAGAUGAAAGCAGGGUUUGAAAUAGAGGAGAGUGGUAGGUUGGCCUGCCUGCCCCAGGGGCAUCUCUGCAAAAUUAGUCGGUGAAGAUUGUAUUGAUAAUCUCCCCCUGGUGAGAACGAAAGGGUCUGCUAUGUGAAAUGGUUUUGUUUAAUCAACUUGUUUUGUUACUUUUUGUGGUGUAGCUGAGAGGAUUUAGGUUUAGGGCAUUGUGUAUUUGUACAUUUGAUUUAUUCUAGUGAGGCUUUCUUGUGAAUGGAA